CAAAUAGUGGCACUGGUCUUUGUCACUUAUCGUCUGCAAAAAGUACGUUGCCAUGGUUACCCCUGAGAGAGGGCGAGACUGCUCACGUGACCCAGCAAGAUGGCGACUACAAUGUAGAAUGGAUGUGAAUGUUUUCAACUAAGUGGAUCCGUUUUUUGCUGGAAAUUUGGAUCUGGUGGUUAAUUGUUCCUCAUCAUCAGUCAAGAUGGCCCUAAAUGUCUUUGAUCAUGAUGAAUACAGGCCACCAGUGUGGAAGUCCUACUUGUACCAGCUCCAGCAGGAAGCACCCCACCCACGCAGAGUCACCUGCACCUGUGAGGUGGAAAACAGACCUAAAUAUUAUGGAAGAGAGUAUCAUGGAAUGAUCUCAAGAGAAGAGGCAGAUCAGUUACUAAGUCAGGCUGAAGGCAGCUACCUCAUCAGAGAGAGUCAGAGACAGCCAGGCACAUACACACUGGCUCUACGGUUUGGAAAUCAGACAAGAAACUUCCGUCUCUACCAUGAUGGAAAACACUUUGUUGGAGAGAAGAGGUUUGAGUCCAUCCAUGACUUGGUCACAGAUGGACUCAUUACUCUUUAUAUUGAAACAAAGGCAGCAGAAUACAUCGCAAAGAUGACCAUAAACCCAAUUUAUGAACAUGUGGGCUAUACCACCCUGAACCAAGAACCCUCCCUGAGGAAACAUCUGACACAAAGCCCUGAGGCCCCAGAUGGACCUGUUUCGGCUAUAGAUGGCUGCAAUGCAGAGGAGAGGCUCACAUCGCUGGUGCGACGGGCCACCCUGAGGGAGAGCGACUUGGCACCCAAGUAUGAGAAGGUCCACAACUUUAAGGUCCAUACAUUCAGGGGCCCUCACUGGUGUGAGUACUGUGCCAACUUCAUGUGGGGUCUCAUUGCUCAGGGCGUCAAGUGCGCAGACUGUGGGCUGAACGUCCAUAAGCAGUGCUCCAAAGUCGUGCCUAACGACUGCCAGCCAGACCUGCGGCACGUCAAGAAGGUGUACAGCUGUGACCUGACCACUCUAGUCAAGGCGCACAACACCAAGAGACCCAUGGUGGUUGACAUGUGCAUACAGGAAAUCGAGGCUAGAGGUCUUCAGUCAGAGGGUUUGUACAGAAUAUCAGGCUUCAGCGAGCUGAUUGAAGAUGUGAAACUGGCCUUUGACAGAGAUGGAGAAAAGGCAGACAUUUCCUCAAAUGCUUACGAGGACAUCAACAUCAUCACCGGCGCCCUCAAAUUGUACUUCAGGGAGCUGCCUAUUCCUCUGAUCACAUACGAUGCCUACCCACGCUUCAUAGAAACUGGAAAGAUUACAGACCCAGAAAAACGUCUGGAGUUUCUCCAUGAGGCCUUGAAGCUGCUGCCUCCAGCGCACUGCGAGACCCUGCGAUACCUCAUGGCUCACCUAAAAAGGGUGACUCAGUAUGAGAAGGAGAACCUCAUGUCCAGUGAGAAUCUGGGCAUCGUCUUUGGCCCAACGCUAAUGAGGGCCCCCGAACUUGAUGCCAUGACAGCACUGAACGACAUCAGAUACCAGAGACUGGUGGUGGAGACACUCAUCACCAAUGAAGACGUGCUAUUCUGAGAGGAGGGCACCCUCAUGCUGCAUUGUCCUCUUGUGAAGAUGAAGGGAAAAAGUGACAAAUUGACUUCUGACGACAGAAUGAAGGAAUGAACAUUCAAGACAAUACCUGGAAGUGUGCCUUGUUCAAGAGGACAAAGCAUUUGUUUGGAUAAAAGAAGAAUGAAGGAGUUAAUAAAUAGUGAAGCCUCUCAACACACACAACAGCUUGGAGUAGAAAUAGAUGAAAGGAUGCAGUGUUUUUAAAGAUUUUAUUAUGUAACAUCGACUACACUCACUUUAAACUUAGGCAAAGAAAUUUAUAAGGAUCCAAUCUUAAUUACUGGAGAUAUUUAUGCCUUACUUGACAGAACUGACUCCUGAUGAGCUAGGAGAAAAUGCCUUGACAUUUUUAUUUGUUUCCACAGAAGUAAAAUAAUUUUUAAUUAUGGGGGAAAGUCUGAUACCAUAAGAACAUUGAUUUAGAAGUAAUACUGCUAGCCAGACAUUAAUGAGAAAGUGUCAAAUUAUACUUCAGUUUUAGACCAGACCGGUCAGACCAGGUUUUCAUGAAAUUACGUUUAUUUAUGAUUUUUCCAUUCUGUCAAGAUGUGUGUUAAAUCAUCCACGAGAAAAGAAGCAGCGUUACAACUCGUUAGAAUAAAUGGAUGAAUGGACAGAGGGAUGGACGAACAAGGAUGGAUGGAUGGCUGGAUGGAUGAAUGAAUGUUAGAAUGAGUUGUGAAUGUGAAUUACUCAUCUAUAGUGUGCACUCAUUCCUCACAAUGGAACUCACAGUAAGUGACUUGGACCUUUUUGUGUUUUUGUUUCGUUUUACUUUUACAGCUCCCUCCUUUGCAUCAACUGGUGUAAUUAUACAAUAAUCCUACACUUACAUUUACAUUAUACAACGUUUGCUUAGGUUUAUACAGUUUUUUGCUGUGUAGCAGCAGCCAGUAGUGCAAGAGAUAGAGGCGAGUAAUAACAUUUUUGUUACUGUUUCCGAACCAAACUUGUGAUCUGCUUGCUUUGCCUGUGAAGGUGUGAACUUUCUAAUAAUGGCAGAUGGUGAAAAGAAAGAUGCAAGUGACUUGAACCAUGUGAAGCGGUUUUCUUCUGUGUGUUGGUUUUGCUUUGCAUUUUCAUUUGAAUCAGUCAGUUAAGCAAUUUCCAUCUAAAUUGAGAUUCUUGAUCACUUACCCAGGUAAAAAACUGAUCAAGCAGAGGCACACACCAGUCAUUUCAUAGUGUCUUUAUUGGUCUAAGUAGGAUCAUUGAGAUAGUAAAAGCUGAGAAGCAAUCAACAACAGUAGUUUUAAUACUAACUUAUUUGAAAAUUUGAAUACCAUGUCCGAUCCCAGCAUUCACAUUAAAGAUGCUCAAUAAAACAAACUCAUUUAAUGACUUGGUUUGCAAUUACAGUGGAGUUGGUUCCUCCCUUCUCACUGUGCUCCCAGAUAGUGAGGCUGUGAUUGACUCUAGUAUAGCAUGCAUAAAAAUGAUAAUACAUCUGCUGAGCUGUUUCACAUCUGCUGUUUACUAUAAUUGUGAAAUGAUGAGGGAAAAAUCAUGGUUGCUCCUGAGUCAAAAUGAAGAUGGAGCAGUAGUUUUAUUUAAUACAUUUUUUGCUUGGUUUUCUCUUUACCUCUGCCUUCGACAGACCUCGGAAAACUGGAGAAAAUAGGAUUUUAGCUAAAUGUAUGUGCCGCUGUAAUCUUAAAUUCAACAUACAUGAAAUUUAAAUGUUUGCUAAUGAUAUGUGAAGAUCAGGUGCAGGGUAAACAUUGCAUAUUGAAGGUUUGCUGUAAUGUUUUGACCAUUCUAUAAUGUGAUGUGAAGAAAGCUGUAUUAGUUGGAGGGUGAUACUCCUCAUCUGUAAUAUGAAGAAGCAUACUUGCUUUAGUUUUUCUUUUUUGAAACUAGUGCCAUAAAGGUGGGGGUGUAGAGCUCCCCCUCUGUUAACACACUAAAUCCACUUUUUACCCCCAUUUCUGUCGGGGGUCACUAAUUAUCUAUUGUGCUUCAUUUGCAAAGCUGUGACAUCCCACUAGACAUCAAGAUUCAUUUUGCAAUGCAAAGACCAAGUUAAGUUUAAGUAAAACUCUAGCCCACCCAGUGAAUUGGGUUUGAAUCAAACAGAUGUAUAGUAACAUAAUUGUAAUGUCAGUUUAUUCUAAACAAACCUUGGUUAUGUUGUUUUUCCAUUGGGAUUUUUCCAGUUUUGCGCAUUUUUGUCAUUUUUUCCUCCUUGGCUGAUUUAACUACUAACUAACAUCAGACUAACCUUAUAACAGCGUGUGAGCCUUCUAUGAUCUGUGACAUUUGUUUUUUGUUUGUAUAUUGGAAUGUCAUUUUUUAUUAUUGUCAAUGCUGUAAAGUACUUUCUAUAUUGUUUAUGCAUGGUAAGAAAAUUAAAUUAUUAAAUUUGGCUUUCA